CUUCUCCUGUUUCCUGCCGUAUAAUGUUGCAAUUCACCUGCUAACAUGUGAUCUUGCAAUUGCCGUCUAUGUAAGAUGAUUUUUGGUUGUCGCUCUGUUACAGUGUAGUAAUAUAUAAUUUGUUCGGUUCGUGUUGCUGUAUUGCUACCUCUGAUCCCUAAUUUGAGCAAAACUGCGACACUUAUUUGGGGCUGACUUGAUGCAUUUGUGAACUUGCUAUCCUGCACUGUUUUAUGACGACAAUUAAAUUGUGCUUUGGAUGAUUUUUUGCUUGAUAAUGAUUUGCCAGUCGUAACACCAUGAUCACCAUCAUGUCGCCUUUGAGUACGUCGGAGGAACAGGCACCGAGUUCGCCUUUGAGUACGCCGGAGGAACCGGCACCAUGUUCGCCGGAAUUCUUGGUCCAGAGAAGCAUUGUGAGUCCAACGGUGGCUACAACAGAGGUGGCAAAGGCGUCCAAUCCAACUCAGGUGGAGGCCAAGGAAGUUCGGCUCUCGGACCUUGCACCAAUGAUGCUGGAUGAUACCGACGUGCAGACUAUGUUGUCGGUCGGGUGUCCUCUACUACCGAAGUUCCCCCACCAUCUGGUGGUGCUUGAGAGCAGAGACGGCAUACUUUCAUCAGCAGCGGCCAAACCCCCAGCGCCGCUGGUGCUGUACACCCCUGUACCCCUCGAUAUCCAGUGCCUCGCGUCUGCCCAACAUGAACACCUCCUCAAUAUGUACAUCUCUGAAUUUUGCCAUUGCUAGAGAAAGUAGAGCAUUGUUUUGCUGUAGCUAUAAUUUGAGUUUAGAAGAUAUACUCCUCUCUUUUUGACGUCAAUUUUUCAGUUGACACUUGUGCAGAAGCCCAAUGGGAUGAAAUUACGGACCACAGAGAGGUGUAAUUAUUAAUUAAUUUCUUGCUUUAAAAGAUAUGCAACUAGCAGAGUUUCUUAUUAUUAUCAAUUGGAUUAUGACGAAGUUAAGAACUUAUGUGGACAGUCUGGCACAUUUCGGUGGCAAGAUUUUUGUAUAGUUACAGUGGCAGAUUUCAGAAAUUUGUAGAGCACAUGAUUAACAAGAAGAAGAUAUUCUGUCAAGCCAUGCAUAUCAACAAUCAGUCAAGCAAAGAAAUAUUCAUGGGAGAUAUACAGGGAUCCACAAGAAUGUGCACCGUAUGGCACUACCCUUUUGUCAUCGAGCCACUAUCACAUUUUGGUCAGCAAUCAGUUCAAGCAAUUCUCAGCGCAAUUAGUCAGAAGUUGGAAUUUACAUCUGAACGAACAAUACAUCAAGCAACAGAAGAAAUAGUGGUCAUCUCUUUUUCUUUGCACCAAGAUGCCAUAUAAGCAUUCAGACUUCGGAAUCGCACAAGCAGUUUAUAUAUAAAUGAUGUGCCAUAUCGUUUUAACACGGACACUUAAAAAGAAUAUCUGCCAAGAGUGGUCGUUGAUCACUAUGAUUAUAGUAGUCCUAAAGAGUUUGCCUCU